AUGGCAAACGAGGCCAACUACAACGCAACCAACCACCUUACCCCCCACGAGGACAACUACAACACGACCAAUCACCUUACACACGAGGCCAGCCCCCCAAUCGAAAAGGACUUCAAUGACUAUAACAACCACAUUGGAAACGAUGUUGACAGCGAGACGGCUCUGCAGAGGAUUCGUACAGCUGGCAGUAUUUCGAUUUCUCCCGAGCUGUUUGAGAAGAUUUAUUUGUCUCCUCAGAACAAGGUCGCUGGUGAAUUGAGAAAGACUUUUGGUAACCCCACUCCACUCGCCUUGUGUGGAUUCCUUCUCAGUUUGACGCCCCUGAGUUGUAUGUUGAUGGGUUGGAGAGGCUCCUCGAGCACCGGAGCUUCUGAUAUCGGUGCCUACUUCUUUUUUGGCGGUCUUCUGAUGAUUCUUGGUUCUAUCGGCGAGUGGUUGAUCGGCAACACAUUCCCCUUCGUCGUCUUCGGUUCAUUCGGUGCCUUCUGGUUGACCUUUGCUGCCACUCUUCAGCCAUUCUACAAUGCAUACGGAGCAUUCUCACCUAGCCUCACCAACCCUGCCGAAGGAUUACAGACCGUCGAGUUCAAUGCCAGUUUUGCCUUCUUCCUCGUCUUCAUGGGCAUGUUGUGCUUGAUCUACUUCAUCUGCUCACUCCGCACCAACGUUGUCUUCGCCAUGAUCUUCUUCACCUUGGUCCUCGCCUUUGGCUGCCUGGCUGGUGCUUACUGGAACCUUGCUCUUGCUUAUGGUGCCGCCACAAACUCGGCUAGACAAGCUGCCCACGCUGCCACCGCCACCAGAUGUCUUACCGCUGCCGGAGCACUCACUUUUGUCACCGACAUGUGCGGCUGGUGGAUCUUCUUCGCCAUUAUGCUCGCUGCUCUUGACUUUCCCUUCCAGCUCCCUGUUGGUGACCUCAGCACUUUCAUCAAGGGUGCUAGUGACAGAAGAAAGGCUAAGGAAGAGAAGGAGAAGUACUCAGCAUAA